UCUGUCACAUUUUGUGGUAUAUUUUUGUAUUUUUAUAUAUUGAAAUGGAUAGGGAAGAUGACGUGUCGUUACUAGAAUUAAUACCUACGACGAAAUAUUGCUGUUUUUGUAUUGAUACGAAAUGUGGUACAAAACUUAUAGCUAUAGUGGGAAUUCUAUUUGCCCUCACAAUGGCCAGCCUGGUGUUAUUGAAAGACAGAAAGUACCUAACAUUUAGCACUGCUAUAUUAAUAGCUUUACUAUCAAUAUUCAUCAUGAUCACUGUUAUGUUUGUUAUUGUCUCUAUGAUGCUGCUGGUAGCGGCUUUCGACGAGAAUCCAGAUUUAAUGUCGUACUACAUCUGGCUGACGGUGGUGUACCUGUGUGUUCAACUUAUACUGGCUAUCGUGGUCCCAAUAGUGCUGGUCAUUGAUGGCGUGUUUCACGUCGCUAUAGCUUUAAUAUGGGUUGUCAUCGUCAUGAUUGUCGUUUUGGGCAUCGCAGGCAUGACGCAGGCGGGAGAUCUGGGUUUGACAGCGUGCUCGCCGCGCUCUCGCUGCGGGAGCGUUACGCACCGCGCCGGGCGCAUGCCGGCGAGUCGCCGGUAG